AUGGCCAUGAGACACGCCUCCAUUCCCAUCAGAUUCAUCUCCUCCUUCCUUCUGGUGUUCUCCAUUGCUGUCGCGAAAGAACAAAACUACCUCGCUAAAGGGUCCACCGUCUGCACCGAGGAUGACACCACCACCAUCCUGGUGUCACCCAAUGGCACCUUCUCCUGUGGCUUCUACAAGGUGGCCACCAACGCCUUCACCUUCUCCAUCUGGUUCUCCAACUCAGCUGACAAGACCAUGGACUGGACGGCCAACCAUGACGCUCCGGUGAACGGCAAGGGCUCCAGGCUCAAAUUCGAAAAGGACGGGGGGCUGGAGCUUCUGGACUACAAUGGUACCAUUGUAUGGAGCACUAACACAACUUCGACUCCUGCCGACCGUGCAAUGCUUCUCGACAGUGACAACCUAGCUGUCAUGAACCCAGAUGGCCAUCACCUCUCGAAUAGCUUCGACUCACCAACCGACACGCUCCUGCCGUGGCAACCGAUGACUUCGAGCACUAGGUUGGUAUCUGCAUAUGCCAAGGGUUUGCCCUAUUCAGGCUUCUACACAUUUUACUUUGACAAUACCAAUGUUCUAAGUCUUAUAUACAAUGGCCCUCGAGUUAGUAGUGUAUAUUGGCCUAAUCCAUUCUACAAACCAUGGGCAAAUAAAAGGAGUACUUAUAACAGCAGCCACUAUGGAGUUCUUGACUAUAAAGGCCGAUUUGUUGCUAGUGACAAGUUUGAAUUUGAAGCUUCUGACCUUGGCCUAGAGGAUGUCAUGAGGAGGUUGACCCUUGACUAUGAUGGCAACCUGAGGCUUUAUAGCCUAAAUGCCACCAGUGGAAACUGGAAGCUUCAAGGACUAGAUUUCUGGGGGCAUGAUGGCAACUACUCUAGUAAAAUAUCACUAUGGAAGUGCAAUAAGAUGUGCUCCGACGAUAAUUGCCGAGCUUUUGGUUAUCGGCAGGGACUAGGCAAUUUCUAUCCUAAGGCCUUGCUUUUUAAUGGCAAGAACUUUGCAGAUCCAUAUCUAGAUAUCUAUCUGAAAAUACCCAAGGCUGUGACCUCUUCGCAGGAAUCGCCUUCUAGGAUAAACCAUGCUUGUAGAAGUAUUGAAAAAAAAGCUUAUCCUACAUUGCAAAUGUUCAACGGUGGCAACUCCAAGUUUAGAUUUGGCUAUUUCCUAUCUUCAGCAUUGACAUUGCUUGUAAUUGAGGUGACACUAUUCAUAGUUGGGUGUUGGGUCGUUUACAAAUGGGAGAGAAGACCUGAGAUUACAGACCAAGGCUACACAAUAAUUUCCAGCCAGUUCCGACGGUUCAGUUACAAGGAGAUACAGAAGGCAACGAAGUGUUUCCAGGAAGAGCUUGGAAGUGGAGGAUCAGGGGCAGUUUACAAGGGGGUGCUUGGUGACAAAAGGAUUGUCGCAGUUAAGAAGCUAAAUGAUGUAGUCCACGGGGACCAAGAGUUUAGGUCAGAGCUAAGUGUCAUUGGAAGAAUCUAUCAUAUGAAUCUGGUGCGAAUUUGGGGAUUUUGUGCUGAGAAGAGUCACAGGCUCUUGAUUUCUGAAUUUGUUAAGAAUGGCUCUUUAGACAGGAUUCUGUUCGACAAUCAGAACCUAUCUCCUGUACUACAAUGGAGCCAAAGGUACAGCAUAGCACUAGGGGUAGCAAAAGGACUGGCGUAUCUCCACCAUGAAUGCCUCGAAUGGAUCAUUCAUUGCGACGUUAAACCAGAGAACAUACUGUUAGAUGAAGACUUUGAGCCCAAGAUUGCAGAUUUUGGAUUGGUAAAACUAUUAGGUCGAGGAGCAGGAACACAAAUGUUGUCAAGAGUUCACGGGACUAGGGGCUACAUUGCACCAGAAUGGGCUCUAAAUCUUCCAAUUACCGGCAAGGCUGAUGUUUACAGCUAUGGAGUAGUGCUUCUUGAGCUAGUGAAGGGGAUGCGUGUAUCCACUCGGCAAGUGGAAGGCGAGGCGGAGGGGGAGGUGUGGAAAUGGCUGUUAGAUGCUCUGCCGAGAUACUGA